AUGAUAAGCAAUAACCAAAGCCAAUUGUCGUUCAGAUACACGGGAAUCAUACUAGUCACGGUAAUCACGGCCUGCGGUAUUGGUGCAUGGCCAGCAUCCUACGCUGUCGGUGGAGAAGCAUCGUCUCUGCGGCUUCGGGCCAAGUCCCAAGGUUUGGGCUGGUUCGUUGCCGGACUCUCCAGCGUCGUUUUCAACCUCAUCUUGCCGUACAUCUUCAACCCUGAUCAGGGUGCCCUGCGCGGUAAGACCGGUUUUGUAUGUGCGGGCUUCUCGGCCAUUGCCCUCGUGGGAACAUGGCUUUACUUGCCAGAGAUGAAAGAUCAGGCGCCCAGCGAAAUUGACGAUAUGUUUGGAGCAGUCGUACCUGCACGGCAGUUCAGAAAGUGGUCCCCACUGAUUGCUGAUCCACCUUCUUCGGAUCGUUCCCCACAGGCAUGA